CGCUCGCCUCAGGGAUCAGGUUCUUACACAGAGCAUCAUGCCUGAACAACGGGAGCGCAGGGAUGAGUCCCAAGGUUCCGGCUUCAAGGGGGCCCUCCAGGGUCUGGCUUUCUUCAUGCUGAUCCAGUUUCUUGCCGGCCAAUUCCUUGGUGGAAAGCAGCAGAGCGCUGGUACCGCUGGAAAACCCGGCGGUGCCACCGAUUUCACCACCCGCCCAGCUAGGAGCGAGAUCGAGAACUACAGCCCCAUCCCCGAUUCGAUUGCCCCCAUCUGGCCUGUCGAUAGUCCUUUGGACAUGAACAUCUACGUCUCGCCUUCAGUUUUUGUUCCUACGCACAAGUCGCAGCAGUCGAGCUCGCUGGUGUUGUCGGAGAAGAACUUCACCAUUGGUAAUUAUAGCGACACGAGAGAAAUUGACACCAUCAUUCAAGUCCCCAAGGCCGUCCAACAGAACGGAACUCUCUUCGCGCACUUCUUUGUCGGUCUUUCCGGACAUCAGCUGGAUCCUUCCGCCCCUGGCUACAGCACCGAAAAGGCUGUUCACUUCUUCCGCCCGCUCAACCAGUACCUUCCCAAGAAGAAGGUCAAGAAGCUCAAGAACCUCCUGGCCAGUGCCGAAGAAAAAGAGGAAGAGGAGGAGGAUAACACGCCUGAUGUUUCAACCGCAUCCUACUAUCACCCGAAUUUCACCGUGUCUUUCAUUCCCGACUCUGGAGUUCAGAAGUAUCGCCAGGUACAUCCUGCUGUCCGGCAACACCUGCAGCUUGAGGCUAGUGGUGCGAGAGACAUCUCUGGCCAGAAUGGAUGGUAUUAUCCAAUCGUUUAUUUGAAUACCUUCUGGCAGCUAAGGAGUCAUAUGAUGGAGCUUAACUCCACGGUCGAGACUGUGCCUCUUCGCAUCACCCUCAACAACCUACAGAAUUGGAAAUUCAGCAUGAUGGCCAGCGUCGACGACAGCGCGAAGCAAACUGCUCGUCAAGCCGCCUAUGGUGCUUCCACCCCGGGAGGUGGCGACGGCAGUGAGUUCGAGAUGAUCAAGGAGGUUUUGCUCGAUACCAACAUUUACCUGCUGGGUACCACCGGUGUGGUUACUAUUCUACACAUGGUGUUCGAAACGCUGGCCUUCAAGAAUGAUAUCUCCCACUGGCGCAAGAAGAAAGACGUCGUUGGAACGUCUGUCCGGACCAUCUUGGCUAAUGUUUUCAUGCAAGCGGUCAUCUUCCUCUAUCUCAUGGAUAACAGCGAGAACACCUCGUGGAUGAUCCUUGCCAGUCAAGGGUUUGGAAUUCUUCUGGAGGCAUGGAAAAUCACCAAGACCGUGGAUGUGCGCCUCCGGCCGCCACCCACCAACUCUUUCUUUUCCUUCCUGCCGUACGUUGUAGUUUUUGAAGAUAAGCAUAAACUCAGCGAUACGGAGCAGAAGACCAAGGAGUACGACGAAAUUGCCUUCCGCUGGCUCUACAUCAUCGCCGUGCCUCUCCUGGCCGCGUACGCGGCAUACAGCUUGAUCUACAACACACACAAGUCGUGGUACUCCUACGUCAUCGAGACUCUGGUCGGUAGCGUCUAUGCUUACGGCUUCCUGAUGAUGGUGCCCAGUCUGUACAUCAACUACCGACUGAAGUCCGUGGCUCACAUGCCAGGGAAGGCGUUGACAUACAAAUUCCUCAACACUUUCAUCGAUGAUCUCUUUGCCUUCACGGUCAAGAUGCCGUGGCUUCACCGACUUGCUACCUUCCGGGACGACAUCAUUUUCUUCGUCUGGCUUUACCAGGGCUGGAAGUAUAAGGUGGACUACAAGCGUGUCAACGAAUUUGGCCAGGGAGGCGACAGCGAUGUGGAGGAGGAGGUGCCUGCCAAACCGGAGGAGCCACCCAAGCCAGAGGCGUCCGCUCGGGCAUCCGGAAAGGAGAGUUCCAAGCCGACUCGGAAGAGAAAGUAAACCACCUGUGCCAUGAUCCUUGGCGAUGUGCGUGGCUUCGCGAAGAAGCCCCCUGCUGUUUUUUUGUUUUCCAAUUGUCAUCGUCGCAGAAUGUCAGUCAAUUUCUGUGCCUAUCACGACGCGUGGUUUGGCGGAUACUUGACUUUGAGAACGAUGUUUUCUGUAGUAUAAAGUCCACUUAUGACCCAUAAAUGACACCAUAAGCAGCU